UUUAUCUAGGCUUGGGAAAACUGGGAACGAGAUAAAAAAUUAGUGAACACUGAGAACAGAGUAGUUAAGAAUGCUACAGUCAUUGACUAUUUCUGGCGAUCUCGGACUCGAAUUGCAGAAUUAGUUGGUUCGAUCACCUGCAACUGGUUUUAACUUUUAAGGGAGGCAGAAUGAAUGAGUAAAUUUUGCUGUGCCAUUCCAAGGAGUGGGGAAUAUCUUCAGUCUCAUGUAAGACAACUAAAUCCACCUCGAGGUGCAGCUGAGGAACUGGGGGCCUUCUUGAACAGAGGAUAGAAAAUUGAAAGAUAGAGCUAGCGUACUCAUUAUGGACAAUAAAUACCCUGGAUUUGUUAAAGUGAUACAAGAGCUAAGCUUGAUUAUUUAAGGAUCAUAGAUGAAGGGUGUACAGUUCCUGAUUCCUUAUUGUGGGAGAGAUUUUAUGGUACUGUUGUGCAUAGAAAAUUUCUAGAAACAAUGACAUUGAAGGCUGACUUUUACAAGGCAUUUUCACAGUGGAAAAGAUUCGUGUAGCAGAUCCUAUAUAGCUGGAAUAAGAUGUCCGUGGGAGGACUUUCCACUAUGGGAGAACAGGGAGGAGAGGUUGAGACCCAACAAGCAAACAUCUUACCCAAGGCAAGUGACGACUCACUGCUUAGCAUUAAGGUUUUGUUCUUUGCAAGAGCUCGAGACCUUACUGGCCUAACAGGCAUCUCUCUGGAAGUCUCCACUGGUAGUACAGCCCAUGACUGUUUGAAUCUGCUCAUUGCCAAGUUUCCACGCUUGGACGAGAUCCGUGGAUGCAUGGUUCUAGCUCUAAAUGAGGAAUACACAUCCGAGUCUUCAUUGGUUCGUGACAAAGAUGAAUUGGCCAUCAUUCCUCCAAUUAGCGGAGGCUAAAGAAUGUAUGUCUAGAAGAACAAACAUAAAUAUAUAAUAAAGAAGAAAAGAAAAUAACAAUUGGGCUUUAAUUCAAUUGGGUGUACUAGAAUUUGUUGAACUUGUACCAAUAAUUAGCUGCAUUUGGAAAAUUAGACAUGGUGCUGGUUUGGCAUCACAGAAAACCAUUCUCUCCCGAUUGUAGUUCUGAGCUUUCAACUCCAUGCACAUCCAUACUUCGUGAUGAGGUUUUGGGGGGUUGAGGUCUAUUCGUCAGAUUGGUUUAGAUUUUAUUUUUGCAGUUGCCUUGGUGAAAUUGAGGAUUCACAUUA